GGAAGGGGGGACUUACCUACUACAUAUGGGCCAAGUGGGGUUGUAGGAGCGUCAGAACCGCACCAUGUACGUGCUGGGCAAGGAGGCCAUGACCCGGAUGGCCACGUCGUCAAUCCUGCUCUCGGGCGUGUCGGGCCUCGGAGCGGAGAUCGCCAAGAAUAUCGUGCUGACAGGCGUCAAGUCGUUUACUCUCCACGAUACGGCGGAUGUUACCCACGUCGACCUCGCCACCCAGUUCUUUGCUACUGAAGGUGACAUCGGCGCCAAUCGCGCCGAGGUGACAGCGCCGCGGCUUGCGGAGCUCAACCCGUCGGUGGCGGUGACAGCCGACACAAGCCUCGAUCUGGCAGCGGGCGAUUUGUCGGGCCUUGCGCAGUACAACUGCGUCAUCCUGGUUGACGCGCCGCUGGCGGUGCAGACCAGGGUCUCUGCCGCGUGCCACGACGCCGGAGUGGUGUUCAUUGCCACCGAGCUCCGCGGCAUCGCGUCGUGGGUCUUUGUGGACGCCGGCGAGGCGUUUGAAGUUACCGACCGUGACGGCGAGCCGUGUGCGUCGGUCAUGAUUUCUGACAUCUCCUCGGCCGAGGCUGGCGUUGUCACCGCGCUCGAGAACCGCCACGGCUUGCAGGACGGGCAGACCGUCGUGUUCUCCGAGGUCCGCGGCAUGGAGGCGCUCAACGGAACCCGGCACGUGGUCACCGUCCGCGACGCCAAGACCUUUACCAUCGGCGACACCCGCGAGCUCGGAACGUACGAGUCGGGCGGCAUCGCCAACGAGGUCAAGAUUCCGGUGACAGUCUCGUCGCUCCCGCUUGGCGACGCGCUCGCCGCCGAGCACCCUGCCGUCUCGCCGGCUGACUACGGCAAGCUGGACCGGCUAGGCUCGUUUGUGGUCGGCCUCCGCGCGCUGCAUGCCUUUGCCGCCGCACACGACGGCGCCAUGCCUCAGGUCUGGCACGCCGGCGACGCCGACGAGCUCGUCGCAACUGCCCGCGAGCUUGCCGGUGACGACGCCGAGCUCGACGUCGACUACCUGCGGGCGUUGGCGUACACAGCGCGCGGCGCCCUCUCGCCGCUCUCCGAGUUUAUGGGUGGCUUUGUGGCACAGGAAGGCCUCAAGGCGCUCUCGCACAAGUUCACCCCGCUCAACCAGUUCCUCUUUAUGGACGCCACCGAGGUUGUCCCGCCGCUCGACGCCGAGCCGGCUCGGUUUGCGCCGGCAGACGACCGGUAUGACGGCCUUCGCAUCUGCGUCGGCAACGAGCUGGUAGAGAAGCUCGGUGAGAGCCGGCUGUUUAUGGUUGGCGCCGGUGCCAUUGGGUGCGAGAUGCUCAAGAACUUUGCGCUGCUCGGCGUGGGGCGAAGCGGCGAGGGCGCGGUCAUUGUCACCGACAACGACGUCAUCGAGACGUCGAACCUCUCGCGGCAGUUCCUGUUCCGGGCCAAGGACGUGACCCGGCCCAAGUCCGAGGUGGCGGCCGAGGCUGCGCAGGCCAUCAACCCGGCGAUGCGGGUCGAGGCGCGGCUGGAUCGGGUCGGCAAGGAGAGCGAGGGCACGUACACCGACGAGUUUAUCUCAUCGCUCUCGGCGUGCGUCAAUGCGUUGGACAACGUCGAGGCACGGCUGUACAUGGACUCGCGGGCGGUGAACAACGCCCGCCCGCUCCUUGAGUCUGGCACACUCGGAACCAAGGGCCACGUCCAGGUCGUCGUCCCAUUCCUGACCGAGUCGUACGCUUCGGCACGCGACCCGCCCGAGAAGGACGUCCCGUUCUGCACCAUCAAGUCGUUCCCGUACAAGAUCGACCACACCAUCCAGUUUGCGCGUGACAAGUUUGCGCAGCUCUUCUACAACUGGCCCGGCGAGGUCAAUAAGUUCUUUGCCUACGCCGACGGCCCGCUGGAGGAGCAGCUUGCCGAGCCUGAGGCCAUUGCCCACGUCCUCGCCAUGAUCGAUGAGGCGCCCACCACCUGGGCCGAGUGUGUGGCCAAGGGCCGGCUCCUCUUCCAGCAGUUUUUCCACGACUCGAUUGCGCAGCUCAUCCACUCGUUCCCGCCGGAGCUCAAGCUCAAGGAUGGGACGCCGUUCUGGUCGCUGCCGAAGCGGCUGCCGACGCCGGUGGUGUGGGACCCGAGCGAGGAGAUGCACGUCAAGUUUGUGGCCCAUGCCGCCAGGCUCUGGGCUAACGUGUGGGGCAUCCCGGGUGCAGGCCACACUGAUCUCGCCGCAGUCGCCGUUGUCGCCGACGCCGUCGACGUCCCGGCCUUUGUGCCCAAGGACAACGUCAAGAUCGAGACCGACGAGAAGGCGGCCAAGCCCGUCAACGACGACGAGGCGCCGGUCGAUGAGGGCCAGCUCGCGCAGGUCGUCGAGCGGGUCCGCGCCAAGCUCGCCGACGGCGUCACGCUGCAGCUCUCGGUCGAGGAGUUUGAGAAGGACGACGAGUCCAACUCGCACAUCGACUUUAUCCAGUCCAUGGCCAACCUCCGCGCCCGCGCCUACGCCAUCGACGAGAUCGACGUUCUCGAGGCCCGCCGCAUCGCAGGCAAGAUCAUCCCGGCCAUCUCGACAACUACCGCCGCCGUCUCGGGCCUCGCCACCCUCGAGCUGCUCAAAGUCCUCAUGGGCGCCGAGCUCGAGGCCUACCGCAACACCUUCCUCAACCUCGCCAUCCCCAUGGUGGCCCUCUCCGAGCCCGGUGCCGCGCCCAAGAUCACCUUUACCGGCGACGUCACGUUCACCCUCUGGGACCGCUGGAUCGUCUCCGCCGCCGACGCCCCCACCGUCAACGACUUUAUCGCCCACUUUAAGGACAACUACGGCGCGACAGUGACCGGCAUCUUUGUGGGCGCCAAGGCUCUCUACAUGGCCGCCAUGCCCACACACAAGAAGCGGCUUAAGAAGAAGCUCAAGGCUCUUGCCAAGCUUCCCGGCGCUGCCGAGCUCGAUCUCAUCGUUUCCUUUGUUGACGACGCCGGCAACGAGCUCGAGGGACCGGUCAUCAAGUAUGUGUUGUGAUGUGACUAACCCUUGACGGUACGGUCGUUCGGACACGUUGUCGCCCGUCUCAAAGUGAACAACUCGAUGAUGCUUGACUUUAAGGUCACCGGCCGACGCUGCGCGACGCCUGCUUGGUCUGCGGCUUGAGUUGGGAGGCGCGCCCGCACGUGAUGGCGGCCGACACGUAGACACCCGCCUGAAGGAUGCCACGCCCGGCCAUGACUCGCGUGGCUUUUCGCUACGACAUCAUCGACGCCCUCGCCGCCAGCGCCGACGCCGUCAGCUCGCGCCCUCGCCGCCGGCGCCGACACCGUC